AUGCUGCAUCCUUAGUACUUGGGGUUGUGUAGGAGUUGGCAGGCUCUGAGAUAUAAAUAGAAGCUGAUUUCAGAGGCCCCUGUUGACUAGGCUUUAUGUGAGAGCCUCCAUCCAGCUCAGCCUGUCACAUUGCAGCCUUGUGACAGGCUGAAGCGCUCUCCCAUGUGAUCUAAGCCUCUGAGAAAUAUUAAGGCAAGCUAUGCACGUGUGAUGGUAUUUAAAAGCUGGCUUUGUAGGGAAAAAAUCUGAAAGAUGGAAAGCUAUGUGAAAGAUUAAUAUCCAGGUGUCUCUUGUGUGUGUCAGAGUUGAAGGUUAUUAUGAAUUGAAGGUAGAUGUGUUCUCUGAAAAAGGAAAGAUGGAGUUCUCUGUGCAUCAAAGUGGGUGAAAUCAUUAGAUGGGUCUCCCAUUUUAUUUUAUAUAAACAGAUUUGAAGAAUCGGAUUAAGUAAAAUUACUUAAUGUGGGUUGAUGGGUUGAGCUUAAACUUAGGCCAGUUUGCUUUUAAAGCCAAUAUCAGAUGACACUGGCACUUAUUAUAUAGAAAAUGUGAACUAACAUAAGUCUUUAGCUGGCUUCAAGGAAUGGCCCAACAAUGAAUAGGGCAAAGAUUUACAUGCUUUGUGCUUGGGAGCAGAAAAAUAUGGCUCAGGAGACUAACCAGACCCCUGGGCCCAUGCUGUGUAGUACAGGAUGUGGCUUUUAUGGGAAUCCUAGGACAAAUGGAAUGUGUUCUGUUUGCUACAAAGAACAUCUCCAGAGGCAGCAAAAUAGUGGCAGAAUGAGCCCAAUGGGGACAGCUAGUGGUUCCAACAGUCCUACCUCAGAUUCUGCAUCUGUACAGAGAGCAGACGCUAGCUUAAACAACUGUGAAGGUGCUGCUGGCAGCACAUCUGAAAAAUCAAGAAAUGUGCCUGUGGCUGCCUUGCCCGUAACUCAACAAAUGACAGAAAUGAGCAUUUCAAGAGAGGACAAAAUAACUACCCCGAAAACAGAGGUGUCAGAGCCAGUUGUCACUCAGCCCAGUCCAUCAGUUUCUCAGCCCAGUGCUUCACAAAGUGAAGAGAAAGCUCCUGAGUUGCCCAAGCCAAAGAAGAACAGAUGUUUCAUGUGUAGAAAGAAAGUUGGCCUUACAGGAUUUGACUGCAGAUGUGGAAACUUGUUUUGUGGACUUCAUCGUUACUCUGACAAGCACAACUGUCCAUAUGAUUACAAAGCAGAAGCUGCAGCAAAAAUCAGAAAAGAGAAUCCAGUUGUUGUGGCUGAAAAAAUCCAGAGAAUAUAAAUUACUACUUGUGAAGAGACUGAAACUUUGUUUUUAUUUUAAUAUAUCGUAGGAAAACAUUAAAGAGCAGAUGCAUGGCCAUUUUCCUUUGAUGUUCUCCAGAGUUUUACUUUACACUUGUCUGUCGUAUAAUUGAUAUUUUAGGAUGUUUGCGUGUUUGUUACAGGCAGAAUUGGAUAGAUACAGCCCUACAAAAUGUAUAUGCCCUCCCCUGAAUAAAAUUGGAUGAAAAUCUGCACAGCAAAUUGAAAUACAGAUAAUAGAGACAAAAUUUAGUUCCCAUGUGCCAAACAAAAUAAAUGAAAUCUCUGCAUGUUUGCAGUAUAUCUGCCUUUUGGGAAUGUAAUCAAGGUAUAAUCUUUGGCUAGUGUUAUGUGCCUGUAUUUUUUUUUUUUUUAAAUGGUAUACCAGAAAAGGACUGGCAGUCUACUUCUACCAUCUACCAUAGUUAAACUUCACCCUCUUAAUUUUCACAACAUGUUCUUUGGAAGCAGGAAGAAAGCUUUAAAGAGGAUCAGACCUUUUUUGUGAAACCUAUAUUUGGUGCCAUAUGUAAGUCUGAUUAAAUUGGUCUUCUAAAAGCUGUCAGAUAAGACAUCCGAUGAGGUAAACAUCACAACUGGUUAUAAGUAAAACUAUCAAGCCAACAACAGGGCCUUGAGAUAAUCUUUGAAGCUUAUUGUGCUGGCCUGCACCAGAAGAUGUCUGCAUUACUCUUAUUGCUAAAAAUGUGUAGUACAGAACUGCACUAGGAUUAAUUUGUUUACAAGAAGAAAUUAAAACUCUACGUUUGGUUUUCACAUACAGCAGCUCUGUUGAAUAACAUGCAUCUGAGUUUUACAAAGGUAUCUGAACAGUUAAUUUUUCAUGUGCAUCUUUUGUUGAAUGUUUUGGUUCAAGAAAGAAUGUUUAAAGCUUUUUAAAGACUUCAGUUCUUAAUGUAACUGUACCCUUCUGCAUGGAAAAUCAUAACCAACAUGGCUGCAGUAGACUUUUUAGUGGUAUCCAGCACCACUUGCGGAGGGCUGCUUUAUCAUAUUAAUUGUACUUGGGUGUAGGACUCUAGUGUUCUUGGGUGUAUUGCAUGGGCUGCAUUAUCUACAGCAUUGUACAAUAACAACUAGAAAAGGCAGUAUACUUCACUGAUGCUUGUCUGGUAAUAUCACUUCUGUGUUAUAAUGGAAGGUUUCUUGUGAUGUAUGAAACUUGUGUUUUUUAUAUAUAAAUGAGUAUAGUUAGAAUAGUGUUGUGGUAAUGCCUGUUUUCAUCUGUAAAUAGUUAAGUAUGUACACGAGGCACUACUUCUGAUUUAUUGCAGUGUUCAUUCCUAGUUUUUACUUUUAUUAAAGCAUUCAGUUUUGCUUUCAAUUUUAUGUACCUUAGUUCUGAGUUAGAUCUGCAGAUGUGUACAGAUAGUUCAUAUUUAUGUAUUGCACAUAAUCAUUCUAUUCAGCAUCAAUGCUAUAUUGUAUUAUGUAAAUAAUAAAAGCCAUGUACAGAGGGAAA